AUGGCCAUCGACACGCCGUUCGUGUACCAAAAAUCAAAAAAGAAACCUCGAAAAGACGCGGAUAUUUGUGAAAUCAAGUGCAAAGCUUUGGCGUGCAACAUUCAAAAGUGCAUCGCGAGUUUACCGACGACGAAGUCUUUGGUGUCGAGCUCCACGGUGAACUUUGAGUUGUGCAGGAAAAGCAUCGACCGAUACGAGAAGUGCUGCGAGAUUUGGCGAGAGAAGGAGAAGAAAGGAGAGGUGUACUCGUUAGCAUCUAUAUAA